AUGGCAUCGGAGCCCUCCUCCGGCCACACGAAUCUCUACCGAUUUGUUCGCCGGUGGCUGGCAAAUCCGCCCGGUCACCACCACCACCAUCUCCGGCGAAGCGCCAGCACCGGGAUCUCGACCACCUACCCUGCUAGGAUCAUCCCGAGAUGCCCGACGUCGCCGCCGUCAUCGGCGCAGGACGGCGGCGGCGGCCGGGAUCGCCUCCGGGACGCGACCAUGGUCUUGGACGUGGAAGGAGCGCUCCUGAGGUCGUCGUCGCCGUCGUCUUCCACCUUCUUCCCUUACCUCAUGCUCGUGGCCGUGGAGGCAGGCAGCUUCCUCAGGGGCUUCAUCCUGCUGUGCGUCCACCUCGCGGCGUCCUGCCUGGCGCCGCUGCUGCCGGAGGAGGCGAGGCUGCGGGCGACGGUCAUGGCGUGCUUCUUCGGGCUGCAGGAGAGGAAGGUGGCCAGGGUCGCGAGGGCGACGCUGCCCAAGCACUUCCUGGAGGACGUCGGGAUGGAAGGCCACGAGGCCGCGAGAGCGGCGAAGCGAGUGGUGGCGGUGAGCAGGGCGAUCCCUAGGGUUUUGGUGAGGCCAUUCCUCGAGGAUUACCUAGGGUUUGAUGCGGUUGUGGGCAGGGAGGUGAAGGUGGUUAGAGGUUUCUAUGUCGGUUUGUUGGGGAAGAUGAUGGGUGAAGGAAGGCUAGGGCUGGAAGAAGAUCUGGAUGAUGGAGCUCCUGCUGACAUGGUAGGGUUUGGAAGCGGCUCAGGCUGUUCGUCUAGCCAUGGUCAUCACCAUCUUUUCUCUAGGUGCAAGGAGAUCUACUUGGUGACUCCAGAAGAGAAAAGAAAAUGGUCACCCUUGCCAAGAGACCAGUACCCAAAGCCCCUGAUCUUCCAUGACGGAAGGCUGGCCUUCAGGCCUACCCCUGAAGCCACCCUGGCCAUGUUCCUAUGGCUUCCAUUUUCACUCCCCCUCACCAUUUUCAGAACAUUCAUCUUCGUCACCCUGCCAUACCCGAUUUCUGUGGCGAUCGGAUCCAUAGCCGGAGUCAGAACCCGUGUCAUCAACCCUCCUGUCUCCAACAACACUACCACCACACCCACAGGCCAUGCCAAACCUGGCGAUCAUCAGCAACCUGACGAUGAUCGCCCAAAGAACACAACGGGGCGCCUCUACGUGUGCAACCACCGCACCCUCCUCGACCCAAUCUACAUCUCGGCGAUGCUCAACAAGAAGGUGAGCGCCGUCACCUACAGCGUCAGCCGCCUCACCGAGUGGAUAUCGCCCAUCCCGACCAUCCGGCUGACCCGAGACCGCGACGAGGACCGGAGGAGGAUGGAGAGGGCGCUGCAGCGGGGGGACCUGGUGGUGUGCCCCGAGGGGACGACCUGCCGUGAGCCGUACCUGCUGCGGUUCAGCCCGCUGUCGCUGGAGCUCGUCGACGAGGUGCACCUGGUGGCGCUGGUGAACUGGUCCGGCAUGUUCUACGGCAACUCCACCGGAAGGUGCAAGUGGCUGGACAGCUUCUACUACUUCAUGAACCCGCGCCCGGCUUACGAUGUCCAGUUCAUGGAGAAGAUGCCGACCAGGAUGGUGGUGGACGGCAAGACCUGCGAGAGCAAACAUGUGGCCAACAUGGUGCAGGGUGAGAUUGGUAGGGUGCUUGGGUUUGAAUGCACCAAGUUCACCCGUGAGAAGAAGUACCUGGCGCUGGCGGGAAAUAAAGGGGUUGUUGAUGCAAACCAGUGAUGUGCUCCACAAGUUCUGUGCCAGGUCCUCUCACCAAAAAUAAUAAUACUAAUAACAUGGCCAGGUUGCUAGCUCUUGGUCAUGGUAUAACUGUUAAACCAUAUCUAGAACUUGAUUCAAUGCUCAGAAAAGUUAUGUGCCCAUCACAAAGGUAGGUCUGGCUGUUUGUCAUGUAUGACAUUUCAAAUUAUAGGUUGCUUUUAAGUUUCCUUCAGGCACAUAAACUCAACCUAACCCAUUGUGUACUCUUGGAGUGCUAUAGUUACAUUCUUUAAAACAUUUUUAUUCACAAAACUUACUUCUAUAUAUGCACCAAAUUCUAAAAGUU